UAUCCAAAAUGACCAUAAAAGAUGUGACAUUUCUGAUGUUGUGGAAUUUGGUACUGUACCAUGUUGAUAGUUGUACAUUUCCCGCAAUCUUGGAAGGAAAAACCUGGGAAGAUUCCGAUAAAGGUCGCCCUAUAACCUUUAGCGGAGGUGGAAUGACGGGUUGGAGUGUUACAUUUGGAGUUGAAACAAUAAGUAGCUGGACAUGUUUGUUCAACCAAAAUAACAUUAUUGUAUUCAAGUCCAGUUAUGAAAAGAAUAUACCUUUUGUACCACCAUCAACAGAACAUGUGUACGUUUGCAUGUGGACUGUUUCCGUAGAGACGGACAAAAUGAUAUACUAUCUCUUGGCUGAUAAGGAUGCAGAUUCCAAUACACGCUUAUACGUCAGCGAUGAUAGUAGUCUGGGUGCUUGUGACGUGUGUAAGUUAGAUUUAAGUCUGGACACCUCACAAGGAAAAGCCAUGGUUACAAGUGGAAACCCAUCCUCAGUCACAAUACCAGCUCAAUCUGGUCCUUGUAGUGGAUGUUCAUGUACCCCAACGACCGAAGCAUCCACAAUGUCUAUACCAUCUACAAUGUCCUCAGCAUCCACAUCAUCUAAGAUAACAACAGUAUCCACAACCUCUGAAACCUCAACGUUAUCCACAACAUCUGAAGCCUCAACAUCAUUUAUAGCAUCUACAAUGUCCCCAGCAUCCACACCUGCUACAGCAUCCACAACAUCCAUAAAAUCCGCAUCAUCAACAGCAUCUACAACAAAAACAGCAUCCACAACUUCCAAAACAUCCUCAAAAUCCAUAGCAUCCACAUCAUCUAUAACAAUGUCAUCCAUAGCAUCUACACCUACCACAGCAUCCUCAACAUCUGUAGCAUCUACAUCAUCCACAGCAUCUGAAGCAUCAACAUCAUCUACAACACCAACAUCAUCUGUAGUACCUACAGCUCGCAUAUCAUCCGUAACAUCAUCCCUAGAGACUCAAACAACUACAACUCUCACUGAAUCUACAUCAUCCCCAACAUCUACUGCAACAUCCACAAUGUCCAUAGUAUCAACUUUAUCCACAGCAUCUACAGCAAUUUUAUCUGCAGUAUCUACAACUCCCAUAUCCACAACAGCAUCAUCUAUAGCAUCCACAGAGACCACAACAUCUAGAACUCUCACAGCAUUCAAAACAUCUGUAGCAUCAACAACGACUACAGCAUCAUCAACUCCCACAGAAUCGACAUCUACCCAAAGAACAUCUGCAACAUCCACAACAUCCAUAGCAUCUUCUCCAUCCACAGCAUCUACAACUCCAACAGCAUCCACAACAUCCACAAUUUCCACAGCAUCCCCAAAAUCCCUAGCAUCCACGUCAUCUAAAACAGUGUCAUCCAUAGCAUCUACACCUUCCACAGCAUCCUCAACAUCUGUAGCAUCCACAACAUCUAAAACAUCAACAUCAUCUACCCUUUUGUCAAAGUCAAUUUACGACAAAAGUAUUUUGCCAGUCAUGACAAAUGAAGCCUUCAUCACAAUGCUGACUUGUGCAUGUUUCAUUCUGAUAAUCAUUGCAAUACUUAUCAUUGUUUAUGCAUUUUCAACUAAAAAACCUUCUUUGGAAUAUAGUCCAAAGGGAUCUAAAACCUCCAUAUAUAGUAACAAUAAGUGUUACAGUUGGACUGUUUGACAUUCAUUUAUUUUCAAUACCUCCUUUAAGUUUUAUUAAGAUAUGUCACAGUUUCUACUGAUUUAAACUAUUCAUAUGAUCAAUUAGUUUAUUACAAAUUAAACAAUUUUAUGUGAUUUUUAAAGCAAUUAAUUUAUUAGCGGUAGUAAUUGGCGAAUUGUUUAUUGUUGGAAAAUGUUUCGUAUCAAUAAAUUAAAAAAAAAAGACUCUUAAAACCUCAGAGUACACCAACUUGUUUGCUGCAUUUCGACAUCUAAAAACCUGUACAAUUAUCAGACUAAAAGCCUUAUAGAAAACAAUUUCUCAUGGUGAUAAAAAAAAAAUGAAUACACAUACCGACGAAUCUUUUCAGAAAAAAAAAUUGCAGUUCAACAUGUCCAUUUCAUAACAGACUCUUAAAAGUGCAAAAGAAACAUGAUAUGAUUAUUCUACACAAUGUGGAAUUUGUCUCUAUAGCAUAGGGUUUCCUCCAUUUUUGUAACACAACAUCCUGUACAUUUUUCGAACCGUUUUCCCCGUGUGUGGCUCUACUGAUGUUUACGUCUUGUAUUUCUAGACAUAUUUUAUAUUUUCUGACAGGGAUUUAAAAAAAAAGAUUAAUGUCUGUUCAUAACAUCAGUGAUAUUUUCAAAUAUUUCAAGCCAUUUUAAAAAUUACAUAGUAAACUCUGUGUAAAGAAAUGAGUUUCCAUGUGUCGCCAUUGUUCUUGCUGUAUCCUAUAGUGAAACGAGAAGAUUAAUAUUUUGAAAAGAGUGCGUGUGGCCAAUGUCUUUCAUAUCUGAAAUUUUAUUAUGAAUUUAACACGAUUUAUUUUGAAGUGUUUUAUUAUUAUCAUUUCAGUUAGUCAACAAGUGCAAGAAACAUACCAAUUUUUAGAAUAUUACAAUACAGAAUAUUCAAAUAUCAAACAAAACCCUGGAUACUCGAACAUCUUUAUGAAUAAAAAAUAUUAUACGCCCCUUUUGCAUGCAUUGACUGAACAAACAGCUGAGGACGAUGAAUUAAGUAACUUUGUUUCCACUCAUGCCAAGUACAAUAUUUAUGUCAAGAGACAAGAUAUUUUUAACUGAAGCCUCUACGAUUGAAUCAGGUAAAAAAAAUUCCAAUCUUUUGGUAAAGGAUCUACUCAUGUUUUAGACGUUUUUAGUAGAAUAACUUUACUUUUAGAACGAAGAAAGUGUUCAGUUUGGACGUUAUUGUUGUUCUAUAUUUUGUUGAUGAAGACUGUGAAUAUAGUGUUUGUUCUAUUUUUGUUUAAUUUUUGUAGAGAGUUAUGGAGCAAAUAUGCCUAUGUUAAUGUAGUAUUUUGAUGACAAAGUUGUUUAUAAAUGACUCGGCAUUUGCGUGUGUGUACAUUUUAGUUUGACUUGAUGAAGUUGUUUUAUUGAUUAAUACUAAUAAAAGGCUUAACUAUAAA